GGAGACAGUGUUGCGCGUGCCCGGCCCCGUGAGCGCCACAGGCGCCGGUUGCCCCGGCACCUUCAAGUGCGUGAUGGGCUCCUGCGCGCCGGCUGCUGGCUCGUCCGCCUGCCGAUGGAACCAGUCGGGCAAGGACAGGGUGCGAGACCAGCGCCCGCGCCUUGAGCGGCGAGCCCAGGCCGUUGACAUUCACUGUCAGCAGCCGAAGCUGUGCCAGGACGGCGGUACGGCCGGCCGGCACGCGGCAGACGGCCCAGUCCGGUACGGUGGCGCCCUGGUCACGGAGGUAGGCGAGGAGGCGGCCACCAAGCGCAUCGCGGCCAAGCUGCGUCCACUCAUACCCCUGCACAUCUGCGCAGCGGUUCUGUGGCGGCCCCGCCUGGGGCGGCGCCUGGGGCACUGCCCGCCCCGCUCCUCCACCCUGGCGCCCCGACCCGCUGCCCCCACCAGCCUGCUGUCCCCCGGCCGGCCGCCCAGUGGGCACGUGCGGCGGCGAGCUUUUUUUUUUUGAGGAAUCAUCCUUACAAGGUUGAACAGGGGCAGACGCGCUGCCCCCCUGCUGCCCAAGCGUGAUCGCUCGAAGGGUCAAAGCCCGUGUGGCUUUUUGGGCAUAUAAGGGCAGGAGGGAGCCAACCCCAAGGCCUGACAUGUCCGCAGGGGCAAGUGUGGCACGUGUCGGGAACCCAGGGGUGAGGCGGUAACACUUCUUUGCCAGCCGCGCAAUCAUGGCGUCAAGGGUGCGGAUGUCAUUCUCCGUGUACGGCAUAACCGCAAAGCUGUAUGCUGCCAUAGACUGUAUGUAGGAUUUUAUAAUUCGCAGGCAUUGUUCUGGUGACGCGAGAGACGUUUGCAGGUUGGCACUUUUUUCUUUGAUGGCAUCACAUAGGUAAGCAAACUGGGGUCCCCAGUGCAAGUUCAUGGUUAUCUGUACUCCCAGGUAUUUGAAGGGUUCGGUUGCGGGGAGGUAAGGCACAGGUUUGUCGCCAAUGUGGAUUUUGUUCUCGAGCAUUGAUUUGAGGGUACGGUUGCAGGUCCCACAUAAUUUCCAGUAGGCGGUCAUGUGAUAUGGUGUUGAAGGCGCUGGAGAAGUCUGCGUACAUAACAUAGAUAUCCUGGUUAGUCAGGCCGGCGUCUUCUAGGGCGUGAACGAGGUUUAAGGUCUGGCGUUCCGUGUUACGGUAGCAUAGGAAGCCUUCCUGAGUUUCACUGAACAGGUCCAGGUCGUGUGAUAUGUCAGAGAUGGCCACCGUGAUGAGACUAGUCCAGAGCUUAUACGUGGUGUUGGCCAGGGCAAUAGGGCGGUAGUUCUUAAGCAGAAGGGGGUCUCCAGGUUUGGGGAGCAGGACAGUCUCGCUGGCAGUCCACGAGGCAGGUGUGUGGGCCCUGACCCACAUUAGGAUAAGUAGGUUGUGGAGUGCCGUGCGCAAGGGUGUCGGUAGGGCGCGUAGUAGCUCGUUUGGAAUGCCGUCAGGUCCCGGGGAUUUGUUUCUGCUUAGGUGGUCUAUGCAUGUGUCAAAAUUGGCGCUGUCGGAGAUGCUUGGCAGCAGUGCGUGGGUAGUCGGGCUGCAUGUACUGUGCAGUUUGAAAGUGUCUGGUGCGGUUCUGUUGCUGGGGUCAAAAGGGUACCUGGUGUUCGGGUGUCUGUCUUCGGGUUUAUAGUUGCCAGUGCGCGGUCCAGUGAUGGUGGCCCUUUGGUCCUGGAAAUAUGUGUGGAUAGCCUCCAAGAUGGAUGCUUUGUCCGUACAGUGUGCUUUGGUGUAGGGGUGUAGGACAGCGGGGAUACCGCGGGCCUGUUCUUGGUUGGAGAAGAUGUCUUUGUGUGCUUGUUUAGCUCUUGUGGCUAGUUUGUGUUGGAAGCGGGCUCUGGAUUUUUGUACCUCUGAUUGUGUUAGCUUUUUGAGGGUUUGGCGUAGUGUGCUUCAAAAAAAAAAAAAAAAA